UGCAGCUUACAUUCCGCAUGGAAAUGUCACGUCACGUGUCAUGUGCUGUUUGCAGCCCCUUUGCAUGCAGUCACUGCGGUGUAGUGUAGACGCAGCGGCCUCUCAUAGACGCGCGUACGUACAUACAUACAGACACGUAGCUUAACAAUUGGUCAUUGCGCGCCAGCCGCAGAUGCUUGUCGCCUUUAUCUCAACAGCCGCAGUCUCUCUCGUACGCAUAUCAACCCUUCAUCGAGGCUGCUACGGUUCUAUGACGCGACAGUUGGGACACUAACCCUGCCACGCAUUGCCACGCAGCAAUCGACCGGACGGAAGCGCCGCAGUAGUCAGUUGGAAGCGUGCAUGCAUGCAUGCAUGCAUGGACGUGCCGUUUGGGCCUCUUAUUUCAUGAGAGUCAAAGAAGGUGGGCAAGCCUUUUCGGCGCCAAAAAUGUCCGAGCCCUUCGGAACUAUGAGCACGUCAAGGCGGACAUGACAAGAAACAUGUAACACAAGCAGCAUAAAUAUAUAUUAGAUAUGCAGUAGAUAUAGAUAUAGAUAUAGAUAUGCAGCAGUCACUUUUCCUUCCUUGCUUCUACCAUGCUCACGGCAGUGUGCACCGAGCAGAUGCAUGCACCCACAGCUACGUACAUAACGCCGUUGUCACUGACAGACAUAAUACAGACCUACUAGGUGUACGUAUGGUGUACGUCGUACGCAUGCGUACAAGCCAUGAAAGCUUGCCAGCCAGAAGGCAUUUAAUUCAGCCAUGGAUAUUGACCACCAAGCAACUAAGAAUCAAGCGAGGCAAUGGACGAGAGAAUGUGCGCGAGAGGCUCCUGUAUGGUAUGUACAGGGCAUGCAUGCAUCGCUGGCUCGCUCGCUAGGGCUGGAACGAAGCCGCAGCGUGGGCCCGGCACGGUAUGGCAUAUAUACAUAUUUACGCAUGCGUAUAUAUAGACAUCGCACGCCUCGAGAUGCGAGCGGUUUUUUCCUUGGCAGCAGCCUUCGCGGGUUAGCCUGCGGUGCGAGCAAGGAUGAGGAUGAGGAUGAGGAUGAGGAUGAGGAUGAGGAUGAGGAUGAGGAUGAGGAUGAGGAUGAGGAUGAGGAUGAGGAUGAGGAUGAGGAUGAGGAUGAGGAUGAGGAUGAGGAUGAGGAUGAGGAUGAGGAUGAGGAUGAGGAUGAGGAUGAGGAUGAGGAUGAGGAUGAGGAUGAGGAUGAGGAUGAGGAUGAGGAUGAGGAUGAGGAUGAGGAUGAGGAUGAGGAUGAGGAUGAGGAUGAGGAUGAGGAUGAGGAUGAGGAUGAGGAUGAGGAUGAGGAUGAGGAUGAGGAUGAGGAUGAGGAUGAGGAUGAGGAUGAGCCAACUGUGUGUCACGUGGUCUCAAUAAAUAGCAUGUAUAGAAGCAUGUAUACUUACAGUCAGGCACGGUGCCUUACACACACGCACCAGGCUAUACCAUCAUGCUACAAGGUUUUCAUCCAUCCUCUUUGUUGCAUUUUCACGUCUUUUACAGAAAAGAACCGAUCGGCGGAUGACAGAGCCCGUGAUACCCAGGAUACUACACUCUUCGACCUUACCCUGUUGCUGUGGGAUGUGACUGUGGCUGUGACUGUUGGGGUGUUGGGCUGUAGCCGGGUAGGCUGUACCGCCGGUGUUGGAGGUGGUUGCCGGCGGGCAGGUGGUGGUGGCGUUGGUGCCACCGUGGUAUCCUUGCUUGUUGUUUUAAAGACCGAAUCGGUGUCGGAAGAUGUAGCAACAACAUUUAUUGAGUACUGGCUGGCCAGCACCACUGUCGAUCAUCAAAAUGAAAUGCGCCAGAAAGGAGGAAGAGGACGGGAAGAGGUCAACUUCAUUUAUGCAGUGGGAUUCGUCUGCCGCAUCUAUGACGACACGGCAAUUCACGGCAUGGAGAGGAGGACCCAACAUACCUAA